AUGUUGACAUUCAAGAAAGAGAAGAGCGCAAAUGAAAUCAAGCCAACCAUAGAUUCCAUUGCGGAUAAGAACAAAAAUGCAUGCGAGGAAGAAAGUCCAGUGGAGUGCACAACUCCAUCCGAUGCAUUUAUACUUGAUAUGCCUGACACGGUCUUAGACUAUUCUGAAAUUUCAUAUCCUGAGGAUGACGUGUCUGAAGAAGAAAUGAGCCCAAAGAAGCCCAAAACCACUUGGGAGGAGUACCAGCGCAAGACAGCCAGCAUAAUGGAGGCCGAGGCACAAGAGGCUCUGAAAGCCAAAGAAGCCAAAGAGGCCAUGAAAAAAGCCCUUCAAGCAAACACACUUCCAAAACAAGAGAAGCCACUUGCAGAGGGUGUUUAUAAUACGGAGGAAAAAGAAAAAGUUGAUGAGGCAGUGCCAGUAGAGGAGGCACUGCUUGAGAGCAGCGAAGAAAUUGAGUUAGAAGAUGAGGAUUUAAUUCUUGAUGAAGAGAGCGAGAGUUUAGUUGAGGAAGAGGAAAAGAAGGAGUGUGCAAGCGAGUGUAAGAGCGAAGAAGAAGUGCAAAAUAAGAAUGAGAUAGUAGCAGAUGCAUGUACUAGUGCAGAAACAGAGACUUCUGUAGUGGAAGAAGAGUCUUCAUUUGAUGUUGUGAUUGAAGACUCCUCUGAGUCCGCGGAAGAAACAUUAGGAGAGACUCCAGAAGAAACUCCAUCCGAUAAUGAGCUAGUAUUCAUUUCCUUAGAUGAGAAUGAUUCAGCCGAAGAAACUCUCCAAACUAUGCAGACAGAAACUCCUCAAAGCAUUCAGACAGAUUCUAUAGCUAGUGAACCUCAGCCUGUACCAAGCGACGAAGAAAAGCAAAAAGAACCCAAACAAGCACCAGAACCCUUCUUUUCUCCUAAAAAAGAAGAAACUGCGUACAUUUCAGCCUCCCACACUAUAAACCCAUUCAGCAGUAUUCAAAUGCCUUCUAGGCCUGUGACCUUCACUAACUCAGGAAGACCUCCAAAGGCCAUUAAAGCAGUCCAUGUGCCUCCUGUGAUCAUCCGAGACCAAGCAGAAAUUGUCAAGAAUCCUAAUGAGAAUAUAGUAUUCGCUGAACCAGAAGAACUGCCAAUUCCCAUACCUUCUGUCAAAGAAUCGAGCCCCAAAGAGAUGCAAAGCAUACAAGUUCCUGAGCCAAAGAUUGAAAAAGAGCCAGAAGCAAUAAAAGAGAUAGUAGCCCCCUUGCCUGCCCAGACUACUUCUCUUUUUGACAAAAUUCUAACAGUUAUGCAGACUAUCUGCCUGGUUCCGCUUCUUGGUCUUCAAAUAUCUGCCCUACAAGGAUAUGGCAUGCGCAUGACCCAUACGUUGCUGAAUUUAUUUUCUGCAGACACUUUGCUUCCAGCCUUCUUUGCAGUUUCCUUUGUGCCCCUUAUUUUCUCUCUGCUGCUAUCUACAAGAGCACUGAUUAAUGCAUUUUUAGUGGAGCCUACUAUGCCAGCCAUCCCAAGGAAAGAGACCAUCAAAGAGAUCAAAAUCAAAGGAUUUUAUUUGCUAGACUUAAUGCAGAUAUCUCUAUUCCUUCCCUUUUCUCUUGGCAUGGCCCGUCCUUUCCUCCAGGAAUUCUUCAGAAAGCCAGAAAGAGGCUGGGCACUUGGCAAAUUUACAUGCGAGCUGCUAUACAUAGUCUUUAUUCUUUGCGUGGCCCACCGUGCAUAUGAAACCUGGAGAAACACAAAAAUAUCCACAAAGUCUGAAUUCUCUGUCAUUUACACGUCUUUGCCUCGAGUUACAGCGUGCAUCUCUGCUUUACUCCAGAUAUAUAUCUUCCGGUAUUUACUACAAGUCUCCAUUGACAUUGCCACAGACUACGAUAAACUUCAAAAAAUAAUUGCAUUUGCAACUGAAAACAUACUUACUCCUGUGCAGAGUGCUUUGCAAUGA